AUGGAGGCCAGCGUAACACCAGCAUGGAAGGCACAAGCGCGUACACACGCGACCGCCAUUUCUACCGCUUCCACCGCCAACUCCUCCCUCGCGGCUUCAGCUUACGUGUCGUCCGCCGUGCCGAAGGCGCAGCACCACCACAGCCAACGACGCGGCCCCGGCUUUCUCUGCCCGCGCUCGCGGAUCGUUUACAUGCGCGCACCGUUCACGCGGCCACACAGGCGGCACGUUCCUAGCGUGCUCGUACCGUCGCGGUCGGGGAGGCGCGGCCGCGGAGACGGCCUUAAAUGCGAUGUGUUAGUGCCUGGGUGUCCUUCUCCCGGCGAGCUGAGUGAAGGGGAGGGGGAGAAUUCGCGCGGACCGGACGGGCUCCGGUGGAGGCGCGGGCAGAGGGGCUCGGCGCGCAGCGAGAAUUUGGCGGUGGAGCAGCAGGCGGAAGAAAAACCCGAUAAUUGGGACUUUGUUGGGUCAAGUGGCGAUUCUUCGGGUUCUGGAGACGAGGGUUCGAAUCCUCAUGAGUUCACAUUUUCGGCGGAGAACAGUGUGAUGGUGGACCAAGUGCGAAUGCUACAGCACAUCCACUCCUGCGCGCACGCGGAAGAGGAUCUUGCGGGAGGGGAUGCAAGGGGGAUAAUGCGCGCGACCGCCGGGGGGAUGAAGCCGCGCGUGCUGAAAGCAAGCACGCCGAUUCGUGAUAUUUAUAAGUCGGAAGGUACGCCAGGCGAAGUUCGCCAAUUCAGGGUUAGAGGGGGAAAGUACGUAUGGAAAAGGAAGGUGGGAAAAGGGAGAAGGUUGGGGGAAUGGAGGUCCGUGGACGUGAAUGGGGUCACGGAGGAGAGACAUGAGACUGCGGAGCCUCCGUUCCGCGUCGCCCUUACUUCCCCCUCGCCUUCUCUCCGCUCCACACGGUUCCCUCCUCCCCCCUUCCCCCCUCCUUCCCCCCCCUCACCUCCCCAUUCCUCUCUUCCCUCUCCUUUCUCCCCUCUCCUUCCUCCCUCGGUUCCGGCAGGUCCUAUCGACGAGGAUGUGGUGUGCAUGCAGGCUGACUGGCCGCUGACGUGGACGCACAUCACGCUCGCGACUGGCGUAUCGGUGGGCUCCGGAAUUGCCGGGCCCGAGGACGUCACGAUGCUCACUCAGGCGACAACUUGCACCGCCAUUCUAUGCUUGCAGGGCGAGGAGUCCUUGGAGUCGUUCGGAGUUAACUGGAAGGCCGUUCAGGAGCAGGCGGAGCAGUGCGACGUCGCCAUGUUCCGCGUUCCCGUGCCGGAAUUCGACCAGCAGAAACAGGUAACCCGAGUUGCUGGUAUGGUGGAGGCGGUGCGUCUCCUGGCGUCGCUGCUGGUGACAGGUCACAGGGUCCACGUGGCAUGCGCUACAGGGAAGAACUGCAGCCCGCUGGUCGUGCUCGGCUACCUGACGUUCUUCCAGGGCCUCGCGUGGAGCGAAGCCAAGGCCAUGAUCGUUGACAGCGUGCCGUCCGCCGACCCGUCGCACGAGGCGUGGGAGCAGCUCGUGCUGUCAGCAGCGGACGGGGUGGGCCCGCACAAAAGGUCGGGACAGGAUGACGGAGCUGCCAGAGGAGCAGUACCAGCGCCGCAUAUAGCUGGGCGCGCCUUCCCCUUUAGUACUCCUUGCCCGGCUGGUGCUCUCAGCAGCGGACGGGGUGGGCGCGCACAGGAUGACAGAGCUAGCAGAGGAGCAGUACCAGCGCCGCAUAGAGCAGGGCGCGGGCGAUACACCAUGCCUCAUCCUCUCACCCCAUCCACCCAUUCCCCCAUUUUCCCCCUCUCCUCCCCGCUCCCCUAUUCCCUGCCUCGCCCAGGCUCGUCUGGUGCUGUCAGCAGCGGACGUGGUGGGCGCACACAGGAUGACAGAACUAGAAGAGGAGAAGUACCAGCGGCGCAUAGAGCAGGGCGCACCUUCCCCUUAAGCACUCUUCCCGCCUACUUCCCCUGUCUCCCCUCCCCCAUUCCCUGCCUGCCUCUCCCAGGCCCGGCUGGUGCUGUCAGCAGCGGACGGGGUGGGCGCACACAGGAUGACAGAGCUAGCAGAGGAGCAUUACCAGCGGCGCAUAGAGCAGGGCGCGGGCGAUACACCAUGCUUCAACCCCCUACCCCUUCCCUCUCUCCCCCUCCUUCCUCCGGUAUCACCCAGGCUCGUCUGGUGCUGUCAGCAGCAGACGGGGUGGGCGCGCACCGAAUGACGGAGCUAGCAGAGGAGCAGUACCAGCGGCGCAUCGAGCAGGGCGCGGGCGCGGAGGGCGGGGGGCAGACGGCAAGGGACGACUGGGAGGAGGCGCAGAGGCGACUCAUCACAGAGACUCUCCAGCACAGGGUGUCCGCUGACGUCACCAUCUCGCAGUCGCUCUCCAAGGCGGCAUCUCGCCAGGCGUCAUCCCCCAAGCCACGGGAGGUGCAGCCGAGGGAGGCGCAGAGCUUCUCUCCUGUGGUGGACUCGCAGAUGGCGCCUCCACUGGAAACGCCCUUCCAGGUACCUCCUACCUCUCUGCAGCACAGGGUGUAUGCUGAUGUGGCCAUCUCCCAGUCGCUCCCCAAGGCAGCAUCUCGCCAGGCGUCUUCCCCCAAGCCACGGGAGGUGCAGCCGAGGGAGGCGCAGAGUUUCUCUCCUGUGGUGGACUCGCAGAUAGCGCCUCCCCUGGAUACGCCCUUCCAGCAGCCACACAUCCUCGACUCAGUCUACUCAUUCGUCAACGAUCCCCCUCCCAUGCAUGGCCCUCUCUGCCACCUCUCAUUGCCCCUCACUGCAUUUGCAUCCCUUCACUCCUAUUGUUGUUACCCCCCUCCACCCUGUCCCCUCCCCUCACAGCAGCAGCCGCACAUCCUUGAUUCCGUCUACUCCUUUGUCAACGACCACCACUCUCACGCAUGGCCCCUCGCUGCCCCGCCUCCCGCUGACGCGCCUCCUGCUUUUGAGGAGGGUGUACUAGGGGAGGUUGUUCUGGACGGGGAGGGUGUUGUGGGGGAGGUGUCAUCUGGAGUGGAGGAGCGCAUUGCACUGCUGGAGCAGAAGCACCUGGCGGCCAUGGCUGCUGCUCGGUCUGCCACAGAACAGGAGCGAUUCUUCAUGCAGCACGUGAGCGAGCUGAGGGUGCGAUUCUUCAUGCAGCACGUGAGCGAGCUGAGGGAGAGCGAGACUGCAGCGCGCAUGGAGGCAGCAGCAGCACACGAGCGCAUAGCCCUGCUCACCGCCCAGGAGCGAGAGAGGGAGCUUUUAUCGGCCCACGAAGCAGCAGAGGCGAAAGCACAGGCAGCAGAGGAGCGGGCGGCUGACUUAGCUAACAGAAUCGCGCAGAUGGAAGAAAUGGAAGCAGCAGCAAAGGAAGCAGCGGCGGUGGCUUUGGAGCGAAUGCAAGCACUUGCCGAACAGGUGAAGGAACUUUCUGAGAAGGAGCGCGCGGCCUCCGCACGGAUGGGCGAGAUGGAGACGCGGCUGGAGGAGGCUUCCGAGAAAUCGGCGGCGGAUCACGACCUGAUGGUGAAACUGGAAGACCGGGCAGAACGGGCAGAAAAAGAAGCGAGGAAGGCCCAGGAGGCGCUGGGAGCGGCCAACGAGCGAGUGAAAUUUUUCUUCCGGGUGAUGAGAGGGCUCCGGGAUAGGGAGAGGGCAGCGAAAGAAGCUAUGCACGCUGCGACAGACCGGCUUGAAGCUGCUGUGACUGAAGCGGAGAACCUCCGGAGGAAGGACGAGUUGAUGCGAGAGGCGUGGGCGGUGGCGAGCGAGCGGAUUGAGCUGCUGACGCGGCAGGUGCAGCAGGUGGAGGGGCUGAAAAUGGAGGUGAAGCGAGAAGCGGUGGAUGCUGCGAAGGUGUUCUUGCAUGAGAGUGAUGAGCACAGGCUGAUGGCUGCUAGGGAGGAGUUGAGUGCGGCGGAGGAGAGAGAGAGGAUGCUGCAGGCGCAGUUGGAGAGGCUGGGUGCUGAGCUGGCGGCGGCAAGAGAUGACAUGGCGGAAAGGGAUGCCAGGCUGGCGGCGGUGGCUGCUGAGGUGGCGGAGAGGGAGCGGGUGGUGGAGGAGAGCCGGGCGGCGAUUGGGGCGGCGGAGAAGAGGAUUAAGGAGCUGGAGGAGCAGGUGGGGGUGGCGGAGGAGAGGGAGCGGAAAGCCAAGAGGGAGGCUGAGGAGGCAGAGGCGGUACUAGCUGCUGCUCUGGCUGCUGCCGAGACGAAAGACCGAGAGUAUACCCUCAUGGAGACGCCUCAGAAGACUGCUGCAGCUGCAGCAGCUGGAGCUGUUUCCGCUGUUGCUGCUGCUGGUGGUGCCAGCAGUGCUGCCGGUGCAGCAGCGAGCGGUGCAGCAGAUCAGCUGAUAGCCCGCCUGCAGUCGCAAGUGGCUGCCAUGUCCAGUGAGCUUGAAGGGGCCCGCAACGCCGCUGCUGCUGCGAGCGAACGGAGUGCGUUCCUCAUGCGGCAGGUGGCUCGGCUGAAGGGGACUGCUGCUGCUGACGCUGUGUCUCGGUCCCAGGGGGGUUCAGGAGGAGGGAAAGGGGAAGGGUCGAGCUCGAAACACAGAGUGGCGGCUUUAGAGGUGGAGAUUCGAGCGUUGGAGAAGCGCGAACGGGCAGCGCGGGCAGAAGCGGAGGCGGAAAAGGCCCGGGUGCGGGAGCUUGCGGCGCAGGUCGGGCAGCUGGAAAGCAAGGAGCGUGCAGCCCGGGAGAAACUUCAGUCGUCGCAGGACCGGGUGGGGUUCUUCCUGCGUCAGGCUGUGGAGCUGAGGGAGAGGGAGGGCGCGAGUAAGAGCGCGCUAAAAGAGACUUUUAAGAAAGUGGAGGGGUUGUCGCACCAGGUGGGGCUGCUGCAGGGGGAGUUGGUGCGGGCGAGCAAGGAGUCCGGCAAGUCUACAGAUGCUGUGGAGAGGCUGCAGCUGCUAACAAUGGAGCUGAAAGAAAACAGCAUCAAGAAGGUCCCUGGCUCGUCAAAAGUCAAUGGAUUCGAACGGUCGGGGGCAGGGCUUGGGGUGCUCAAGGCUCCUGAGCUCACUGCUUCAAAUGCUGCUGCUGCUGCUAGCAAUGCCUCUAGUAACGGAGCUGCUAGUGCUGCUGCUUCGAAAGGCGUGAUAACAGGAAAGGGGAAGGAGGAGAAGAAGGAUGAUGACAAUGAUGACUUCCCUGGAGGGUCAGGCAGUGGGGGAGGAGGGGUAGGGGGACGAGGAGCGUCAGCUCAAGGGAAGGCAAGCAGCAGUGGCUCUCGGGCAGGCUCUCCCUCCUUUGGUGCUCUGGUGGGUCCCUCUUACUAA